GGCGAGGCCGAGGUGCUCGGGGCCCGUUUCAAACCGGCGGUCGCGGGGCCGCGGCCCGGCACGAGAUGGCGGAGAGCGACAGGGUCGAGGCGGCCGCGCCGCGCAGGGCCGAGGAGGCGGCCGGGCAGCAGCCCCCGCAGCCGCAGCAGCAACAGCCGCCGCCGCAGCAGCAGCCGCAGCAACAGCCGCCGCAGGAUGAGGAGGCGGCGGCGGCCGCGGCGCCCGGGAGCGGCGCGGGCAGCGCUAAUGGCGUCAAAAUGGAAAAUGAUGAGACAGCAAAAGAGGGGAAAGCACCUGUGAAAGAGAAGUACGUGGCAAAAGCGAAGGCAAUCCCUUCUCUUGGAAACAAGAAUAGAUUCCAUCCCUAUUCCAAGGAGAAGAACGCAGGCUCUGGAGACAAGAAGGCCGUUAAUCGUAACAGAGUUUUUAUUAGCAACAUCCCGUAUGACAUGAAAUGGCAAGCUAUUAAAGAUCUUAUGAGAGAGAAAGUUGGUGAGGUUACAUACGUGGAGCUGUUUAAGGAUGCUGAAGGAAAAUCAAGGGGUUGUGGUGUGGUUGAAUUCAAAGAUGAAGAAUUUGUUAAGAAAGCAUUAGACACUAUGAACAAAUAUGAUCUUAGUGGAAGACCCCUGAAUAUUAAAGAGGAUCCUGAAGGUGAACAUGCUCGCAGGGCAUUACAGCGUGGGGGAGGACAGUUUCCAGGAGGACAUGGACCUGAUGCAGCACCUGGAAUAAUGAAUUUACCACCUUCUAUUCUCAAUAAUCCAAACAUUCCUCCUGAAGUUAUCAGUAACUUGCAGGCAGGCAGGCUCGGGUCCACUAUUUUUGUUGCUAAUCUUGACUUUAAAGUUGGCUGGAAGAAGCUGAAGGAGGUGUUCAGCAUUGCUGGAACUGUGAAACGUGCCGACAUCAAAGAAGAUAAAGAUGGCAAGAGUCGAGGGAUGGGAACAGUUACCUUUGAACAAGCAAUUGAAGCUGUUCAAGCAAUAUCAAUGUUCAAUGGACAAUUCCUCUUUGAUAGACCCAUGCAUGUAAAAAUGGAUGACAAAUCAGUUCCUCAUGAAGAUUUCCGUGUUGCAGACAGCAAAAGCUCCCAGUUACCUCGUGGUCUUGGUGGCAUUGGUAUGGGACUUGGACCAGGUGGACAACCCAUCAGUGCAACACAGUUGAGCAUGGGCGGUGGAAUGGGGAGCAUGGGUCCAGGAGGUAUGGGAAUAGACGGUCCAGGAUUUGGUGGAAUGAGUAGAAUGGGAGGCGGACUUGCUGGAUUUCGUGGAAUGGAAGGAAUGCCCAACAUGGGAGGAUUUGGAGUCAACCGAAUGGGAGGUAAAAUGUUCCGUGGUGGAAUGGGAGCAAACAUGGAAAGAGAAUUUGGUCGUGGUGAGAUGGCAUUGAACCGUGGUUUUGGAGAGUCUUUUGGAAGGAUGGGUGGUGCAAUGAUUGGUGUUUUUGCAGGAGGAAUGGGAGCACCUAGCAUGGGCCCAGUAAGAUCUGGAAUGAGUGGUGGAAUGGGUGGUAUGAACAGUAUGGCUGGAGGAAUGGGGAUGGAUCGGAUGAGCUCUGGAUUCGAUCGAAUGGGACCAGCCAUGGGUGGAGGCCUGGACAGGAACAUCGAUAUCGAUCGAGGGUUUGUGCCUGGCCCCAUGGGAAGUGGCAUAAGAGAGAGAUUGGGCUCUAAAGGCAACCAGAUAUUUGUGAGAAAUCUUCCUUUUGACUUGACCUGGCAGAAGCUAAAGGAGAAAUUCAGUCAGUGUGGUCAUGUAAUGUUUGCAGAAAUAAAAAUGGAGAAUGGAAAAUCAAAGGGCUGUGGAACAGUCAGAUUUGACUCACCAGAAUCUGCUGAAAAGGCCUGUAGGAUAAUGAACGGCAUAAAAAUCAGUGGCAGAGAAAUUGAUGUCCGCUUGGAUCGCAAUGCAUAAUUUAAAACUGUGUGUUCAGGAACAUUCCUAUGUCUUGUUUAGCUUCUCUAUCUUAGCAAGUCAUUUUUAGUAACAUUGUAUGCUUACAAAAGAUGUAAAAAGGAACUUUUAAAUCCCACCAGCCUUUAACAGUAUAGUGUUUAAUAUACUGUGAUACUUGUUAACUGAAUCUUACUAUGUUUGGUUUUUAAAGACAAUUUGCCUGAUUUUUGUUGUUUUUUUAGAGGCACUGAGCACCUGCAGGUCCCUGUUGACCGUGGAAGGUUUGGAUGCUCAGUGCCUUUGGAAAAUUAGGCCAAGUGUCUCUAGUCAUUCAGUUUAAAUGAAUGGUUAUACUGUUUUUAAUAAAAUAAGCCAUUUUCUCUGUUUAUCUCAA